GAGAAAGUGAAAGACUUUCAGAGAGGAGGACAAACACUCAUUCCUCUGAGAGACGGUGGCCAUGGCAGGACGAGCAAGAUAUCAACCUCUCCGAGACGAGUCAGAAAACGAAGCUCCAGAUUCUUGGAAGAAGUUCUUCACCAUCCUGACAGGAAGAACAAACGGAGCUCAUCAAUCUGUUGUUAGAACCUUUAAAUCUGUGGGUCAAACUGAGGCGAGGUCUCCUGAAGACGCUGACUACUGUCUGGUUUUCUGUCCCGUCUCUUCUCGGGUUGGGACAGACGUCAGUGAGGCCAUGGAGCAUCUUCCUGCUGGUAAAGCAGCCGUUCUGGUGGUGAUGCAUCACACCUUCAACACCGAACAAGUGAUUCCUCCGAGCCGCAGACUGGUGACAGACCAGAGAGUCCGACUGACUCUGGACUGUCUGUUCCACCAGAACAAACUGCUCAGCUGUGAACUCAACAGGAACAUGGAGAACGACAUCAGGAAGUUCUUCAGAGCCUCUGAGUCACUGGUGUGGUUGUUCAUUGCAUCUCUUGGACUCUGGCUUCAGAGUUGGUCCAUCCGUAAAUGUGUGAUCUGUUUGAUCAUAAUGAUCAUCGUGUUCAUCAGCUUUCAUUAUUGCUUCCAUCAUGGAACCUCAACCAACAGUACCGUGGAGAUACAGUCUGCGUCUGAAUCCAACAAGGUACAGGAGGCGCUGCGGUAGGAGCCUGACGACAGCGCGCCCAUACCGGUGCAGGUCAGAGAGUUGGUGCAAAAGAAGAAACAUCGACGGAAUUCGAACAAGCCUGGCUGGGACCAGUCCAGGUGACUCAAACAACAGACUACAGUGUGAAAGUCCAGCUGGACGCUCAGAGACUCAGAAACUGGUGGCAUAAGAUACAGUGCGCCUAGACCGACUUUCCCAACCAAAAUCAGAUGGCACUCGGCAAAAGCUGACUCCGACAACGAAAAUGACUGACAGCCCAACACCCAACCUGCUGCAGACUAGACGACGUGAAAGACUGGACACCGACCCUCCGAAUACUGGAAACCACAACCAGACUGGACAUUUACACGACUCGGUUGUAGCACAGCACAGGGAGCAAUAAUCCUCCUCGCAUUAACCAUAAUGUGAGGAGGAUUAUCCGCUCCCAGUCCCAGUCUGGUGGGAAUGGCAAAACUAGGUGAGCAUAGAUCAUAAAAACAUGACAACAUGGCAGCCAAAAAGGAAGAGCAAAUCGCACACCGGUUUAGGCGAAAUACAAGCAUGCCUGAAGACUCAACGCACCGUGGACCAAAGUAAUUCUGCAAACAUAUUAGAAAUAAAGACAAAAGCAAACACGACCCAAAGCUUCCAAUUCGACCUAUGCAACGUGAUAAACUGCGGUAAAGACCCCAAAAGCUGGACAAAAUACGAUGUGUAUAUGUAUGUACAGCACUAUAACCCACGAUUGUGCACAGAUUGUAAUUACGUGUUUAGAUGCGGACGAGUGUCACUGAUCUCCCCCAUGAGUUUUCCAGGCAACUGCAAAAACACUCUAUGAUGCAUCCCGGAAAUAUACGCCUUACUAUAUAUAUAUAUAUAUAUAUAUACAUAUAUAUAUAUGUAUAUGUAUAUGUAUAUAUAUUACCGGCAAAAAAAACGCAGAAAGGAUGAAUUAUGUACCUUACAAUGUCCAAAGACUGAUUGAACAAUCUGACAAGAGACACAACGAAGGAGACUCGCCAACAACUGGGGGCGACUUCCCUCAUGGCAUACCAAAACCGGGUGGCGCUGGAUUUUCUAUUGGCUGAAAAAGGUGGUGUGUGCAGCGUGUUUGGCAGUGUUUGCUGCACUUUUAUUCCAAAUGACACGGCGCCAGAUGGAUCUCGAACAGGAGCUGUUGAAAUCCUGAGAACCAUGUCAGAGGAAUUGGCUGAACACUCUGGAGUAGACAAACCUGUGGCAGAAUGGUUUGAAAAAAUCUUUGGGAAAUGGAAAACAUAUCCGACAGCCCUCCUGGUGCCGCUCUUUGUAAUUAUAUUGGUUCUGCCAAUUUGCGGGUGCUGCUGUAUCCCUUCCUUCAGAGCACUCUGCGUUAGAUGCAUCGAUUCGCCAUAAAUUAAUAUUAUAUUCGAAAUCCACCACCACCUUAUGAAAUGACUGAAAUCGCCCCACUGGUGUCUCCCUCUGAGCCCGGAGGUUCUGACACUGAAGAAGACGACUACCCGGAUGAGGACCAAGUGGACGCACUUCAGAAUCCACGGAUCUACUCUGAAGAAGAGGCUGACGGGUCUGAUGAAGGUCGCCUCGCUGUCUGAUUAAAACAUUUGCGUUGCUACUGCUAAUACAUAUUUACAUAUAUUCUCGCUGCACACAGGCAUACACUCCGGAACGUAGACUUUUGCUUUCAGAAUGAUUGUAAUGAUGAUUUAUAGAUUGAUCAGAAAAUGGGUUGAUUGAGUUACGGGUUUGUAAUAUGUUGAUUUUUUUAUUUAUAGAUUAGUUUACACAACAGAAGGGAAUCAGUUGAGAAGACAGCCGGCAGAAUUAUGUUUUAUUACCUGAAUAAUGAUAAUACUAGAUGUAUUCUCUUUUUUCUUUUAAAAACUAACCAAUAGUAGAAGGAUUGUGAAGAACUGUUAGAACAAAUCUGGAAAAAAAAAUACUGACCAAAUUGCAUAGCUAUAUUAGAUCACCUUUUAUUAGAAUGAUUGUUAAAAAAAAAAAAGACUAAAAUCAUUUUUUGGAUACUUCUAAUAAUUAGAAAGAAGACUUCUUGAAU